AUGGGAGGCAUAAAUUCCCAACAUUCUAUUGCCAUCCAUAAGUGGGAGUCGCUGAGAAACCCAUCCAACCAUAUUGAAAGAGUGAUUAGCACAAAAUCAUCACAAGAAGUAGCAGAUAACAGACUCCGGCUUGUUACUACUAUAGAGGCAACCAAGUUGUUAGCGCUACAAGGGUGUGCAUUUAGAGGUCAUGAUGAAUCGGCCGAUUCAUCUAAUGGUGGAAAUUUCACUACAGUGGUGAACUCAUUUAGAAGAAUGAAUAUAGAGGUUGAUAGAGUCUUUCAAAGUGGUCCUAAGAAUGCAAAUUUUAAAUAUACUUGGGAGUGGUUCUUCAAAGUGCUUAGUGUGGCAGACACUUGUUCUCAAACUCUUAAAGAUGAGAUAUCCAAAGUGCUUGCUCAAUAUGAUCUUCAAGUAGAAGAUAUACGUGGACAAGGAUAUGAUGGUGCUAGGAACAUGCGGGGUAAAUUUAAUGGUUUACAAGCUUUGUUUUCAAGAGAGUGUCCUUACGCAUAUUAUGUUCAUUGUUUUGCUCAUCGCUUACAAUUGACACUAAAUGCUGUAGCUAAAGGUGUGCAUGUUAUUUGGGAUUUUUUUUCUAUUCUACAAUUGAUUGUUAACUUUGUUGAUUCUUCUGCGAAAAGGCAUUCAGCUUUGAGAGUUGCUAGUAAAGAAGAAAUUGCUGAAUUAGUGGCUGCUGGAGAACUUGAGACAAGUAAGGGGGCAAAUUAG